CCCGAUGGCCGUUCCUCGAUCCGGUCGUAAAGUUCGUAUGUGCCCGAAAUAUCUCCCCUUUAGCCGAUAAGGGCGCGAAAAUAAAAUAAAAAAGAAACGAAACCAUGGUGUAUGCCUUGGUCCAUGCGCUGUCGGGGUUGUUUCACAAUGCAACAAAAUCGUGUUCCUGCAGUUCAACGGGGGUCGUUGAACCUGCCGCACUUGCUUUUUUUUUAUUUCUUUCUGUAUUUAUUUAUUUACUGAUUGUUGUCCCGUGGUUUAUGCUUGUCUAAUUUUAUGAAGAUCAGAGGAUAGGUUAUGCAUUGGUGACGACGAUCAUAGUGACCAGC